AUGGAAGCUUUUUCUUGUAUAGUCUCUAAAGCGUGUGACUCGGGGAGAUUAAAAGGGGUUAAACUCCCUAACGGGGGCCCGGUGAUCUCGCACCUAUUAUAUGCCGAUGAUGCUUUGAAUAUAGGGGAGUGGGAGGAGGAGAAUAUAAUAUCGGUGGCUAGAAUUUUGGGGGUUUUCUACGCAUGUUCAGGGCUGAACAUUAAUAUUCUCAAAUCUAACUUAUUGGGUGUGGGAGUUGAAGAAGGUGAAAUUUCUCGAAUGGCGUCGGUUGUGGGAUGUAAGAAAGGGGACUUCCCUUUUAGUUACUUGGGGAUCCCCUUAGGUGCUAAUAUGAACCGGGUGAAUAAUUGGGACCCCAUUGUGAAGAUCUUCAAAAAUCGGCUAGCCUCGUGGAAAGCUCAUACUCUGUCGAUCGGUGGUCAGGUGGUUCUCAUUAAACUGGUGUUAGAAAGUCUCCCAAUUUAUUAUCUAUCUAUUUCUAAAGCUCCGGGCAAAGUGGUUGAUAAACUGGAGUCCCAUAUGAGGAACUUUUUACGGGGUGGCUCGGAGGGUAUUAGGAAGAUGCAUUAG